AUGCAUCCGCAGCCACAAUCAGACUUCACGAGUGAUCCGCCGUCCUCUGGCACCACUGAUCAGAAGACGCGGACGACUUUGUAUUCGGAACAGCGAACAGACCGGAGCACUCCCGAUGGGGAACUUUUUUUCCAGCGCCUUCCCAACAGAAAACUGUUUUCACCCCCUUGGAGUCGUCUUCUCGGCGUAACAUUCACGUCGCUGGCAGCGGCAUACUUUCUGCUGACUUGUUUUCGCUCUGCAGAAUCUGCGAAGCGUUCGGUUCCACAGAUCCGGUUUCUUGGGGAUCGCCGUCAUAAACUCUGUGACUGGGGCAAUGCUGCAGGGGAUAGUGACAAAAGCGAUAACAGGGCGAUAAGAGCGAGUGCUGCACAUUUUGGGCAGCACUUGUCAGAGGAAGGAAUCGCUCAACCGCAUCAUAAGUUUUAUACACUCGAUCAGUCCACCAGAUCAGGACAAGAUGGGGCAAAUGUUGAGUCAACAACAAUUAAGAAGGCAUCUGGAACCCAAUCGGCGUACUGGAUAGAGGAGCGCGAGCAAUAUGGCUUGGAGUACUGGGAAAAUCGUCACCUACCUUGGCCAGUGAAAGAACGUCUAAAAGACAUGUUCUCGCGAAUGGUGAGGGCCUCAAAGCUAUGCCGCUCGCUGCUUCCAAUCUUAAAGUCCACACAACGUCUGCGUCUGGCACAUGUGGUCAUGCGGAUCUUAGCGCUGGACUUGGGAGCCAUUUCGUUAGUUAGGCUGGACAUAGAGUCUUCAAGAACAAGCUUGGGUGACGCUCUCAUCACUCUAGGUUUUGAGUGUCUUGGAGGCAGCGGCAACGACGCAAAGCAUGAUGAUAUGCGCAGGUCGAUUCUUCAACUGAUGGCGCUAGUUGAUAAACUUAGACAGCCUCGGCGUAUUCGUCACGAAUUUAGCGCUUUGAAAUACCGUAAAAAAAUGGUGAGCAUGAUGGGUACUGCUGGCUUGGUGCUAAAGAAUUGUUUGGGCGUUCUCGAUGGACUGCUACAGUCGAAUUACGCAGAUACGCCAAAGCUGACAGAGGAAGUGCUUGAGCAGCAGCUUUCUGUUCUAGAGGCGCUUUACAACGUGCAUGCCGACCAUAUCAGCAAGGACUACUUGCUUCGCGAGUAUAUCCUAUGGUGCCAGGAGCAAACUGGUGAACGUGCGCUCCUUGAUAACUACCUGGAAGACCUCUCGAAUGUUGUGAUUCCAAAAUUGAACAAGUUAAAAAUCCAAAUAAAGGACACAAUCAAGAGCGCUGGCGGCCUUCUACCACUUCAAGAGAAAAGCGCACUGCAGCAUGAAAGUGCCAGCAGCAUGUUCGUGGGAAGCAACCAACCUACAAUGACUCAUCCUGAAACGCAGCUUGAGGAGUGGGACCAACUAGGGCUGCACGAGAGCUUUGGCGAAAUGUUGCAGAAAUCUUUUUACUCAACAGGUGCAUCAGCCAGCACAUACGUGUACGGAGACGCGUCUUUGCCUUCUGAUACAGAUCCUUUCUGGCCACCAGCCCAGCCGCGUCACCAAGGGGCCGAACCAGUUGAGCAGGUCCCACUGCAACUCAGCAGCAGUCCUGGAGAAGAGCGGCCAGAUUCGGCCUCGUCGCAAUUCCUGCAGCGAUUGCCUAGCUCCCCAACACCUUGGUUGCGCGCAGCAGACCAACAGUUUCAAAGCCCAGAACGCCAAAUUGCUUGGGAGUCAUCUUCCACAGGCAGUUCCUUCCUCCCUUUCGCUCCUCAGUAUGCUGAAGCGGGGUUUUCUGUGGGCCCGAUCAAGCGGCCCGCGCCCACUGGACGCUAUAGUGAACGUUUUUUGGCGCCCACUGCACAGCUGCUACAACGGACUCAAGUUGAGUCAUCUGCCAGGCUUCAGUUGCUAGCUGCAGGCCCUCACACAAGCGAUUACAGCCUCUUCGGUCAGGGAGGUGUUCCUCCCUGGUCACCCUUUUCACUAGUGCCAGCCGCCUCUGUCGAACAACAAGCGACUGCAGGCCGUGGCUGGGUGGACGCUCAAUUGCAAGACAUGCGCCACCCUAAUACGGAGGGCUUGGACGAAUCAGAGAGCAGGCAGCGGCGUGGACGCUUGGAGUUUGGUCACCAAUAA